GUAUAUGGUACUUAUCUAAGAGAUGUCCAUUUCUUUUACAUUUUUCAAUUUUGUGACAUACAGGCUUUUGUAGUAGGAUCUAAUGAUUCUCUUAUUUCCUCAGUGUCUGUUAAUAUAUCCUCCUUUUCAUUUCUGAUCUUAUUAAUUCGUGUGUUCUAUCUCUGCUUUUUGAUUAGUUUGGAUAGGGGGUUGUCAAUCUUGUUGAUUUUCUCCAGGAACCAGCUUUUUGUUUCAUUGAUUCUUUAGAUUGUUUUCUGUUUCUAUUUUGUUGAUUCCAGCCCUCAGUUUGAUUAUUUCCAGUCUUCUACUCCUCCUGGGUGAGUCUGCUUUUUUUCCUAGAGCUUUCAUGUGUACUGUUAAGUCUCUAAUGUGAGCUUUCUUCAUUUUCUUUAUGUGGGUACUUUAGUGCUAUGAACUUUUCUCUUAGCACUACUUUCAUAGUGUCGCAUAGGUUUGGGUAUGUUGUGUCUUUAUUAUCUUUUAAAUUUAAGGAAGACUUUAAUUUUUUUAUUUAUUUCUUCCUUGACCCAUGGGUGGUUCAGUAGCUGACUGUUCAGUUUCCAUGAGUUUGUAGGCUUUCUGGGGUUAGAAUUAUUGUUAAAUUCUAACUUUAUUCCAUAGUGAUCCAAUCAGACACUGGUGGUUACUCCAAUUUUUUUUGUAUCUGUGGAUGUUUGCCUUUUUACCAAGUAUGUGAUCAAUUUUUGAGAAGGUUUUGUGAGAUGCUGAGAAGAAGGUGUAUUCUUUCCUAUUUGGGUGGAAUGUUCUAUAGAUGUCUGUUAAGUCCAUGUGAUUCAUUACAUUUGUUAGUACUCUUAUUUCUCUCUGGUUGUCCUGUUCAUUGGUGAGAGCAGAGUGUUGAAAUCUCCUACUAUUACUCUGUGGAGUUUGAUCUGUGAUUUGAGUUCUAGUAAAGUUUCUUUCACAUAUGUGGGUGAUUUUAUAUUAGGGGCAUAGAUAUCACUGAGAAUUCAUCUUGAUGAAUUGUUCCUGUUAUGAGUAUAAAGUAUCCUUCUCCAUCUCUUCUGAUUGAUUUUAGUUUGAAAUCAAUUUUGUUAGAUAUUAAGAUAGUCACACCUGAUUGUUUCUUAGGUCAAUUUGCUUGGAAAACCUUUUCCCAACCCUUUACUCUGAGGUCUGUCUUUGAGGUUGAGGUGUGUUUUUUGUAGACAGCAGAAUGUUUGAUCCUUUUUUCAUAUCAAUCAAUUUUCUUAACAUGUGCCUUUUUAUAGGCACAUUUUAUAGGUGAAUUGAGUUCAUUAAUAUUAAGUGAUAUUAAUGACCAGUGUUUGUUAACUCGGGUAAUUUUUUGGUUGUACUGUUUGUGUGUUUCCCUUCUUUGAGUUAUGCUGGUAGAGGGUUGUCAGAUGUCUGUGCUAUUGUGGGUGUUGUUGGCUUCAUUGGGUUGUGUUUUUCCUUCUAGCACUUUCUGUAAGGCUGAGUUUGUGGCUACAUAUUGUUUAAAUCUGUUUUUGUCAUGGACUAUCUUGUUUUCUCCAUCUAUGGUGAAAGAAAGCCUUGCUGGGUAUAGUUGUCUGGGCUUGCAUCCAUGGUCUCUUAGUGUCGGCAGCACAUCUAUCCAAGACCAUAUGGCUUUCAUGGUUUCCAGAGAAAAGUCAGGUGUAAUUCUGAUAGGUUUGCCUGUAUAUGUUACUUGACCCUUUUUCUUUGCAGCUCUUAAUAUUCUUUCUUUAUUCUGUAUUUGUGUUUUUAUUAUUAUAUUGUGAGGGAAUUUUUUUUUUUUGAUCCAGUCUACUUGGUAUUCUGUAAGCUUAUUGUAUCUUCAUAGGAAUAUCCUUCUUUAGGUCGGGAAAGUUUUCUUCUAUAAUUUUGUUGAAUAUAUUUUCUGGGCUUUUGAGCUAUAAUUCUUCUCAUUCUUCUACCGCUAUUAUUCUUAGGUUUGGUCUUUUCAUGGUGCCCCUGAGUUCCUAGUUCUUUGUGUUAAGAAUUUGUUGGAUUUGCUGUUUUCUUUGAUCAAUGCAUAUAUUUCCUCUAUUGUAUCUUCAGCACAUGAGAUUAUUUCUUCUAUCUCUUGUAUUCUGUUGGUAAUACUGUCUCUGUAGUUCCUAUUCUUUUACCCAGAUUUUCCAUAUCCAGCCGUCCCUUGGUUUGUGUUUUCUUUAUUACCUCCCUUUUAUUCUUCAAGUCUUGAACUGUUUUCUUUACCUGUUUGAUUGCCUUUUUUUAGUUUUCUUGGGUAUCUUUGAGGAUUUAUUAAUUUCUUCUAACUUUUUGUGUGUCUUCUCUUCCAUUUCUUUAAGGGAGUUUUUCACUUCCUGUUUAAGGGUCUCCAUCAUUUUCAUAAGGUUACGUUUAAAGUCGAUUUCUUCUACUUCUUUAGGAAUAGGGUGUUCAAGUCUUCCUAUUGUGUGCUCACUGGAUUCUGUUGUUAUCACAUUGCUUUUCACAUUUUUGGAGGAAUUCUUGCAUUGGCACCUGCCCAUCUCUUCCUUCAAAUGCUGCCAGGAGAGUCUUGGUGUCUUGGUCCAAUCUUUGCUGUGGCUGUCUGUGUACUUGGGGGGGGGGGUUCUUGGUCUGCCCUCUCUUAGGUCCCCUCAGCACUAGAGGUGGCUCUCAGAUCCCCUCCACCCUGAAGCAGGCUGAGAUGGGGGAUCCAAGGACCCCACAGAUGAAAAGGAGUGCUUGUGGGCAAGAUGGGAUGGGGUAAAUAAAGAAAUUCAGUAGCCAGGAAGGCAUCCAACUGGAUGGCCAGAGAAGUUUAGGAAAUUGAAGGGGGCCUGGACUUUGUUCCCUGGGACUGGCUGGCUGGGUGACCACUCACUCACCACUCUGGAUGGAUCUCCUUGCUCAUUAUUUUCAAUAAUUUCCCUCAAUCUUUCGAAUCUUUUUAUCACUGCCUUUUAUAAAAUCUGAAUCUCCUGCCCAGUGAAUGUCCUCAUUGAAUAUUUGAAGGUAGUAAAUUUGUCCAGUAUAGAUAAUGUCUUAUUUUUGGACAUAAUAUUUAUGGUGUGCAUAUUUCCUUAUUGGAGAGAUAUCUUAUCCAUUAAUCUAUCAUAACUUUUUGACAGAUCCCAAUUAUUAAAGUCAUCAGUUUGAAUUCUCUCAGAUAAUGUCUCAGCACCCUUCAACAUUGACUGGAUUUUUUCUGUCAAACUGAUGCUAUCCCUCUUCUUCUUAUUGAUCUUCAAAACUAGCUGUUCAUUAUUAGUCCAUAAAAAAGUGUAUCAUUCCUAAAAGUGCAGCAUUCUUGGCUCUGUUAUCAAACCAUUUUCUUAAUGAGAUAAUAUGAAAAACAAAACCAAUCUCUAGAAUCAAAUAAAUGGAUGAAUAAGGAAAAUCAUUUAUGCCUUUCAGAAUACCAUCCAAAGCAUAUACAAAAUAAUUAUUAAACUCCUGAACUAUUAUUGCUGUUUUGUAGUUUUUCAGAUCUUACCUAUUGUAAGGCAAGUACAGUAAAUUGGAAUACGUGUAAUAGUCUUUAUUCGACAAUAUGUGUCACAGUUGUAGCUAUGUGGCCAAGAGAACAAACUGUGGCACACUACAUGUGGUGCUUACUUAGGUACUGAAAUAUAUGCUUUGUUUAACAAAUUAAGAGCAGUUAUUAAUGACUAUCAUAGUGAUUCUGAGAGUUGCUGACUAGAAUAAGAAGAAAGCCUAAAGUUCUGUCAGUUGUGAGUCAGGGACUGUGCAUGCCACAAGGAUCGCUGGCUGCAGAGGCAGGAGCAUGCUCAAGAUGGAACUGAUUAACAGUGACAGAUGAGGGGGUGGAAGGUUGGUUGCCAGAUGCUAGCAGGGAAUGCACAGAACUGGCAAAACAGGAGCCACACAGAGGUGCCUGGGCAUUCUGAAGAGAGAGUAUGGACGAAGCCCCACACCAGGCUGGGCACCAGAUGAAGCAGAACAUUUUAAAGGGUGAGCACAAGUCAAAUAAUCCCAAGAUGACUCCAAGGUCUUUCUUUAUUAAAGGCAGAAAACUCAUGGAACAAGAAGGGGAGCUAUCCUCAAGAUGUGGAGCACAGGAACAAGAUAGCAAGCAUUGUGGGCUGGAUUGUGGCUUUUUGGGAACCCAAAAGUCACGCCCCAACCUGGUCUAGCCUUCCUAAUGUCAUUGGCUGAAGGAAGUUCCCAAUCAAGGAGAUUUAAGUGAGCAGUGGACAUAGAUGAUAAUACAAAGUGACUGUGAAUAAGAAAGAAUAAAUAUUACUAAAGAUGUUUGAAAAGAUAUAGACUCUGGCUAUCUAAUAUUUAUCUAAGAUCACAUACAAUGUGCAUGUAUUAACAUGUAUUUUAGUGAUGUUUUACCUUUUAUACUGAUAAUACUACCCAAGUACUAUGGACUAUAUAUCAAAAAAGACCCAGUACCAUGCAAGACAAAUCUCCUCUCAGGAUUUUGGUCAGGGUAGCCUAAGAGACCUCCAAAACAUUAACAGCUAUUGUUACCCUUGAUUGGCUCAUAGAACUUGAAGCUAUGACUCUAUUGCUGAAGAGACAAAGCAAAUCAGCCACAGAUAUUGGGGAAAUUGAAUUAAAAAUGAUCUGGUACCAUGUUUCUGAGAAAUGGCUUUCAAAAAAUUAAAAAACAGCCAAGAGAGAGGAGCAAUCACUUAUCCUACACAGAUGUGAUAUCUGUGAUCCGUAAAAAUAACUGGAUUUCAGGUUAUCUUCGAUGGUGCAAUAGUGGUUCUUUUAUCUUGGGAAAAUUUCAAUGCUGUGUAAUUGAACUAAGGACUCAUUCAAAGAGAGGAAAGCCAUGUCUGGUACUUUAAACACAGCCAACCAUUUGGGCCUGGAGAGGUCAUAAGUUCAAGUGACUUAUGAACCCAUUGCUGCCAGUUUCCUAAACAAGUGUACUUUCUAGCUGUUCUCUAAAUACUUGUCUUUAUACCCACAGGUAAAUAAAGUUCUCACUCCUCAUAAAGAAACUUCUUUUUUCAAUAUAUAAAGAUUAUCAUGAAGUCACACAACUUGUCAAAAUGUAGAGAAUAAUUGACUUUAAUGUGUCCAAUGCCAACUGAUGCAUCUCCAGUAUAUCUCUUCAACCUAUGGCUUGGUAAAAACAAUGGAAUAGAGGACAGAAAGACUUCAGAGGCCCAGGAUGCCCAUCAAUAGAAUACAUCCCAUAGCCAUGACAGGCAAAUAUGCCUAUAAACUUUCAUUAACAUAUUUAACAAAAAGAACCACCAUAAAGGUAUAAGUUGGUAAACAAAUGAGGACGGGCAAAAUUCUACAUGGUCUUACCUGUAGACAAAAGAAUACAACAGAUCAUUGUCUGCUGAACGAGGAAGAAUCUGCUGCCUCUGGAGUGGAAAUAUUAUACUGAAUGUCCAAUCCCAAGUGCUUAACUAAGGCUAUAUUCCCAUACAAACAGAGCUAAUUUGACUCAGUAGGUCAUAGAUACAUGUAAUACCAUACACAUAGAAGUGAAAAUUGAAGAAGGGAUCAUAAAGAUGAGAAAUGGAGGGAUGCAAUGGAGGGGAAGAAGGAUAUGGGAAUCAUAUAGUACAGUUAGGGAGCUAUGAGUUUCUCAAAAACGCCAACUACACAUUCAAGAUAAAGAAUGUUACAUGACAGCAUUUGGUAUGAUCUCUGUAAUUUUUCUGUAAAGGUGAAACUAUUCUGAAAGCUAAAUUGUAUCAAAAACAUUUUAUUUUUAUUAUUUAAUUUUUAAAUUUAUUUAUUAAAAAACUAUAUUUUCUCAUUUUACAUAAUAAUCCCAAUUCCUACUUAAUCCUCUGCUACAGUUCUCUCCACAUUCAUGUCCACUCCACCUGCAUCCACUUCUUAGAGAGGGUAAGGCUUCCCAUGGGGAGUAGACAACACAUAUUGUUUUGAGGCAGGACCAAAGCCUUCCACUAUAUAUAGGGUAAGGAAGAUACCCCUCCAAAUAAAAUGGGUUCUUAAAAAGUAAGGAUAAGCAGUGGGGAUAAAUUCUGGUCCCACUGUCAGGGUCCCCCCAGUCUGCCCCAGUCAUAUACACUCACAUUCAGUCAUUGUCACUCACAUUCAGAGGGCCUAGUUUGGUCCUAUGCUGGAGGUGGUAGUUUCCCAUUAACUCAGGUAAACUCCAUCAGGGGUAUCUCCAUCAUGGUCUUGACCUUAUUGCUAAUAUUCUCACUCCUUUCACACUUCAACUGGACUUUGGAAGCUCAGCUCUCGCUCCACUGUGAAUCUCUGCCUCUGCUUCUAUCAGCUGCUGGAUGAAGGUUCUAUGAUGACAAUGAAGAUAGUCAUCAAUCUGACUACAGCACAAGGCUAGUUCAGGCACCCUCUCCAUUAUUUCUUAGGGUCUUAUCUGGGGUCAUCUUUGUGGAUUUUUGUAAAUUUCUCUAAUACCACAUCUUGUGCUAGCCACAUAAUGGAUCCCUCAAUCAAGAUAUCACUUUCCUUUCUCUCUGUCACUAUCCUUCCCCAUCUUCCCCAUCCCUUUCUCUCAUCUUGUCCUACCACCCUUACUUCUCCCUUCACUUUCCGCUUCUGCCUUCAUUCUGUCCCCACCACCAUCAAACAUAGUUUCUUAUGAGAUUUUGUCUAUUUCCCCUUCCCAGUAGGAUUAACAUAUAUUUCUCUUGGGGUUCUCCUUGUCACUUAGUUUCUCUGGGGUCAUGGGCUCAUUAUCCUUUGUUUUACAUCUAGUAUCUGCUUAUAAGUAGGUACAUACCAUACUCAUAUUUUUGCAUCUGGGUUACAUCAUUUGAAAUGGUUUUAUUUAGUUCCAACCAUUUCUGUGACAAUUUGUAGAUUUAAUUUGUUUCCAUAGCUGAGUAGUAUUACAUUGUGUAAAUAGGCCGCAUUUUUCUUUAUCCAUUCUUUGUUUGAGGAGCAUCUAGGUCGUUUCUGGCUAUUGUAAAUAAUGCAUCUAUUAACCUAGCUGAACUAAUGUCCUUAUAGUAUAAUUGAGCAUCUUUUGAGUAUAUUCCCAAGGGUGGUGUUGCUGGGUCUCAGGUAGGUUGAAUACCACACACAAAUACUACCAUCAAAAUGUAACAUUGGCCAUUAAUAUCUCUUAAUACCAAUGGGCUCAAUUCACCUAAAAAAAUAAGCAAACAGAAUACAUGUGAAAGCAGGACCCACCCUUCUGCUGUAUAUAAGAAAUACACCUAAACCUCAAAUAAAGAUUUUACCUCAGUGUAAAGGGAUGGAAAAAGAUUUUCCAAUCAAAUGUACCCAGGAAUAAAAGCAGAAGUAGCUAUCCUAAUAUCUAAUAAAGUAGACUUCAAACUGAUAAAUCAGACAAGAUGGUAAAGGACACUUCAUACUCAUCAUAGGAAAAAAAUCAAUCAAGAUGAAAUCUCAAUCCUGAACAUCUAUGCCCCAAAUACAGGAGCACCCACAUAUAAAAAACAAUAAAAAAUUACUAAAGCUUAAAUAGCACAUCAAAUCCCACAUGGUAAUAGUAGGAGAUGUUAAGACACCAUUCUUCUGCAAUGGGCAGGUCAACCAGAUAGAAACUUAACAGAGAAAUAAGAGAACUAGCAGAUGCCAUGACUCAAACUGAUGUAACAGACAUCUAUAGAACAUUUCACCCAAACACAAAAGAAUAUACCUUCUUUGCACCUCAUGGAACCUUCUCUAAACUUGACCACAUACUUGGUAACAAUGCAAACCUCAACAGAUACAAAAGAGUGAAAUAACCCUCAGUGUCUUAUUGAAAACAUUUUAAAUUAUGGUUUUUUUCUAUGUCCAACUACUUGUUAUUGAGUUACUGGUUUGGAGUCAUAACCUCAACCUCACAAUUUUCCAGAAUGAUUUCUGAAUGAGUUCACAAUUGCUUAAUACAGCGACCUUUGGAUGACUGUUGCAAUAUCUAUUUCUUGCUACCCAUAUUCCAUUUCGUAACAAACUAUGGGAUGUUAAUGAUUUAUUUGUCUACACUGUACCUUUUACCUCUCAUAAUUUGCUAUAAUCAAAACAGGGGGCCAAUAUCGGAAUCCUAAGAGCACCCAAAAAGAAGUAUUUGCCAUGUCAGACUUCCUCUGGUUUGAAGGAAUACCUUUCCCUGUUCUAGAUCAUGAAAAAGAAAUUAUUGGAGAGUGCCACAAUAAGUUUGGAUUCAGAGAUGAAGACACAGUCAUACUGAGUUACCCAAAAUCUGGAACUAACUGGCUUGUUGAGACUGUCUGCUUGAUUCAAACCAAGGGGAAUCCCAAGUGGAUUCAAUCUGUGCCUAUCUGGGAACGCUCACCCUGGAUAGAGUCUAAAAGAGGGUAUCUAGAAUUAACCAAUCAAAAAGGACCACGCCUCAUGAUUUCCCACCUUCCCAUCCAUCUUUUCCCCAAGUCUUUCUUUAGUUCCAAGGCCAAGGUUAUCUGUGUCAUCAAAAAUCCCAGAGAUGUUCUUGUAUCUGGUUAUUUUUUCUUUGCUAAUAAAAACCUUAUUAAGAAUCCAGAGUCAUUAGCAACUUAUUUUGACUGGUUAUGCACACUUAACCAGGAAGCAGUGAUAUAUGGAUCAUGGUUUGAACAUACCCGUGCCUGGCUUUCCAUGAGAGCAAGGGACAACUUUUUACUAGUAAGCUAUGAAGACAUGAUAAAGGAUACAAGGGGAACUACAGAGAAGAUCUGUGAUUUUCUUGGAAAGAAAUUGGAGCUAGAUGAGCUGGAUUUGGUCCUCAAGUAUAGCUCCUUCCAAGCCAUGAAAGAAAACAACAUGUCUAAUUAUAGUGUCCUCCCAGAAAAUAUAAUUAUUAAAGAUUUGAUUCUUAUGAGAAAAGGCACAACUGGGGACUGGAAGAAUCACUUUACAGUAGCCCAAGCUGAGACCUUUGAUAAAGUAUUCCAGGAAAGAAUGGCUGGUUUUUCUCCAAGCCUUUUCCCAUGGUAAUAAAUUAUUAAAACCUUUAAAUCAU